CAAGAUGUUUACGACGAUCGUUUGAAGAUCUCCCGAAAAGUACUACAACACGUCUCUCUAUGAAAUACUGCACGACGAAGCGACGUGGGAGGACAGCACGCUGCUGGAGAAUUUCCAAAAGGAAGUCCAAUUCGGGAACUUCACCCCGUCCUGCUUCGCAAGCGACUUUACGGAGAGGCUGCCGAAGGAGAAGAGGGGGGCCCGAGCCUACCCCUCAUUCGAAGCGCUGAAGCCAAAGCUCCCUUGUGGAGCUUUGGAGGACGAACCGACUCGGCCAGUCGACCUCGGCGAAGACAGCAAGAGGGACGCCGGUGACGUCAUCGUGAGAGAUCAACCAGAAAACCCGAACCGGGCAGGAGAAGGCAUGAAAGAAAACGAUAAAAUGAUGCAUCGUGCUGUGCUUGAUCAGAGGGGAGACUACGUUAUGUUGUGGACGCCUCAGGAAAAGAACGUUAUCUUCGAGGUUCAGGUGGCGACGAAGGGGUACGUGGGCCUCGGGUUCUCCCCCAACGGCGGGAUGACGGGCUCGGACAUCGUGCUUGGCUGGGUCACGGAUGACGGAGAGGUCAUGGUGCAGGACCGCUACGCCACGGGCUACGAGACGCCCAAGAUGGACGAGUCUCAGGACGUGCAGCUCCUUUCGGGAUCCCAGAACGACACCCACACAGUGCUGAGGUUCUCUCGCCCUUGGAGCACCUGCGACGAGCGAGACUUCGAGCUCUCGAGCGACACAGUCCGGAUAAUCUGGGCCAUCGGCGACGACGACCCGGCGGACGAGGAGAGCAUCAGCAGACACGGGCGACGAGGGACGAAGAGCAUGUACCUGAAGGAGCCUCAGUUCGAGCUGCCUGCCUUCAGCGACGACGUACACCACUGGGAUGUGCUGUCCCCGAACGUGUCUCUUCCAAGCAACCUCUCGACGCUCUACUGGUGCAAACUUUAUAAAAUUCCUCCCAUCACUCGCAAAACACAUGUCAUUGGGUACGUGCCAGUCAUUCAGGAAGGGAACCACCAGCAUGUGCACCACAUCUUGCUCUACGAAUGCCAUAUGGAAGACAGUGCUCGUCACUACGAAAAGUGGCUAGAUGUGCAAGGUGCCCAGUGCUUUGGCGCCAACAUGCCCCUCUCUUGGAAAGGGUGCACGAGCCCACUUGUGGCUUGGGCCAUUGGAGGCGAUGGUGAACUGAUGCCAGAGAACGUGGGUCUCCCAAUUGGAGAAGAGCACGGAGGCGCGACGUACUUCAUGAUGGAAAUACACUACGACAAUCCUGAUAAGAAAGCAGGUGUAGUGGAUGGCUCUGGAAUCAGGGUCUUCUACACGGAAAAGCUGCGGGAGCAUGAUGCUGGGAUAAUGAUGAUUGGGCACAUGGUCACGCCGCUGCAGAUCGUUCCGCCCAACGAAAAGUGGCUCUCCAUCGGCACCUGCGACUCUGGCUGUACAGACAAGGAAUUGCCGGAAGGUGGAAUCAAGAUUUUCCAGGGAGUACUUCACGCCCAUCUCCUUGGAAGAGAAAUUACGGUCAGGCACAUACGCGAUGGAAAGGAACUGCCCACAGAGCUUAAAGACAGCAGCUAUGACUUCAACUACCAGCAAGUCCGUAAACUGAAGGACGAAAUGACUAUUCUUCGCGGUGACACUUUGAUCACCGAGUGCCAGUAUGAUGCCACAAUGAGAAACGUCCCCACUUUUGGCGGCUUCGGGACUGAGGAGGAGAUGUGUCUGGUGUUCCUGACGUACUACCCCCGCGUGGACCUCGCGGUCUGUUCCUCGCAACCGAACAUGAGUGAAAUUCUCGAAGGCAUCAAUGUUGAGGAUUUGCACAUCAUGGAGCAGGUUAGGAAGAGUUUAGAGGAAGGCGGACAAACAGUCGACGAGGAAGCAGAAACCAAAAUGGCGGAGGACAUGCGGAAGAAAGACUACGAGCCUAAACUCGGUCCUCUGCGACUGUCGCAUUUGUUACGCGGGAUGAUUGCAAAGGCUCCCGAAAAGUACACCAAUACUUCACUUUAUGAUAUUCUUCAUGACAAAGAAACCUGGCAAUCUGAUGUUGUUGCUAAACUGCAAGAGAAAGUUGAGCGAGGUGACCAACUCCGUUUCUGCUUGCCGCGACAGAGUGGCCGCAACAUCGGAGGAUCCAAGGAAAUAAUUACAUACCCUGAAUUCGAGGUCUUCAAGCCAGAUUUAGGGCCCUGCGAAUCACGAAACCAAGAGUCAGCUGGUUCUCUCAUACAUCGCGCCAUCAUGGACAGUGAGGGCAAAUACGUCAUGCUGUGGACUCCAGGAGAAGAAGAUAUUGUUUUCGAGGUCCAGGUAGCGACCAAGGGGUACGUGGGCCUCGGGUUCUCCCCCAACGGCGGGAUGACGGGCUCGGACAUCGUGCUUGGCUGGGUCACGGAUGACGGAGAGGUCAUGGUGCAAGAUAGCUAUGCCACGGGCUACAGUCAACCCAUGAAGGAUGAACAGCAGGACGUGAAGCUUCUGGGGGGAUAUCAGAAUGACUCCCAUACUGUGCUGAGGUUCUCCAGGCCUUGGUCCACGUGCGAUGAACAAGAUUUCGAGUUAUCAAGCGACACAGUGCGAGUAAUUUGGGCCAUCGGAAACGAAGACCCGGUCGACGACUUGAUGAAGAGGCACGACCAGCGAGGCACAAGGAGCAUUUUCCUGAAAGAACCUCAAUUCGUCCUUCCCACCUUCAGUGAAGACAUACAGGCAUGGGACGUUUUAUCUCCAAAUGUGACUCUUCCAAACAACCUCACAACGUUGUACUGGUGUAAACUUUUCAAGAUGCCACCCAUCACACGCAAGACCCAUGUCAUUGGGUAUGUACCAAUAGUCCAGGAGGGGAAUCACCAGCAUGUGCACCACAUUUUGCUCUACGAAUGCCACCUUGAGGACGGUGCUCGUCACUACGAAAAGUGGCUGGAUGUGCAAGGUGCUCAGUGCUUUGGCGCUAACAUGCCCCUCUCUUGGAAACGGUGCACAAGCCCUCUUGUGGCUUGGGCCAUUGGAGGCGAAGGGGAAAUCCUGCCACCUAAUGUUGGUUUCCCACUUGGCGAGGAACAUGGUGGUGCCACAUACUUCAUGAUGGAAAUACACUAUGACAAUCCAGAUCUCAAAGAAGGUGUAGUAGAUGCUUCAGGGAUAAGAAUUUUCCACACGGAGAACUUGCGUGAGCAUGAUGCUGGAAUUCUGACGCUGGGCCAUGCUGUUUCCCCAAUGCAAAUCGUGCCUCCCAGUAGGAAGUGGCUCUCUGUUGGUCACUGUGAUUCCAGUUGCACAAAUAAGGAACUGCCUGACAGUGGGGUGAAAGUAUUCCAAGGUUUACUUCACGCACACUUGCUUGGAAGAAAACUCAUUUUGAGGCAAAUACGUGAUGGAAAGGAGCUGCCCAUUCAGUUGAAAGAUGAAAAUUAUGAUUUUAACUACCAGCAGUCCCGAAUAUUAAAGGAUGAAAUGACAAUUCUUCCUGGAGACUCCUUAAUUACCGAGUGUUAUUACGAUGCCUCGAAAAAAAAUGCUCCUAGUUUUGGCGGUUUUGGAACAGAAGAAGAGAUGUGCCUUGCCUUCCUGAGCUAUUAUCCCCGUGUUAACCUAUCAAUUUGUGCUUCACAACCUCACCUAGAUGAAGUUUUAGAUGGUAUAGAUGUGGAGGAAGUGCAAAACAAAGAUGAUAUUAUGAGCAUUUUGCUAGACCCAGGGAAGGACCUAAACCAGGAAGAGGAGACUAAACUUGCUGAAGCCAUGAAAGAGGCCGGCUACAAACCCACAACGAAGAAAAUUGAUAUGUCUCAGAUUUUCCACGCAGUGACCGUCAAAUCUCCUGAAAAAUAUGCCAACAAGACCCUGUACGAAAUCUUCCAUGACAGAAACACGUGGCAAGAGGGGGUAGUCAAUCACCUGCAGAGGGAGGUCGAACGUGGGGAGCACCUUGCUUUCUGUUUACCAAGGAAUGUCCAGGAAAGGCAAAUUAAUCAGGUAAAUCAGCGGAAAAAUGUCUACCCAAUAACUCCACAACAACUGCACAAUGGAUACCAGGCGAAUCAUUCACCUGAUCGAACGCGGUGCAAUAGCUUUCAGGCAGGCAUCGUUGUGGUUGUUCAGUCCACCAUUCAGACUGUGCAUCUACAAGUGUCGUGCCAAACUUUCUGCACAGGGGUCGAGCCAAAGGGCAUUGAUUUUCAACGAUGCCAGAGAGAGCCAGGGUUAUGGUGGUUCUGUCCCACGAUCGCCUGUGUGUGA